AUGCACCAGCAUUUCCAUCAGGAGCAUCUCCAAAAAGUGAAAACUACAACAGUGGUGCUUGUGCCCGUGCGCACUCGAUAUUCUGAUCACGUCGUAGCUUCCUCUUUCGGCACAGGCCCAGCACAUCUCAUGAUAAUAUUCGUGUGGUUGCGGAUAUGUUGGCCCCAUGAAUCCUGCUUGAACUCUCAACGAAUGGCUCCCAAGAAGGACAAGAAGAAACAGAACGAACCUGUUCAGCCGGAAUUGGUUACUGCAUACAAACCACGCGAGCCCCUCCCGCCGAUUGAGCCUCCCGAUGUAUCAGAGGUGGACGCUCAGUGGAAGGCCUUGCGGGACCAGUAUGUCCAGCCACUCCCGGCUUGGAACUCUGAGUUCGUCGACACCACUGAGUGGAGGCCAAAUGAAACAGAAGAUGCCUUCGUCAGCAAUCAGUUCUCAGUCUUCGCCAUGCCAAGAAGUUUCGCUGCACUCGUUGCCGGCUGGCGCCGAGCGGGCGCAUCUGCGUUAGCAAAGGGGGAGCUUCUUCCAGAGGUGAACCGCUUGUUGGGCCAUCCCACCGAUACGCCUGUGCCUCCUGGUAAGGGCGUUCUCGGUGACUGCGCUGCCGCUGUCCUGAUGAAAAUCUUGUAUGGUGCUCGUAUGGGACGGUACGAUCUCAUCCGUCCUGUGCAGGCACUUGCUAGUCUCAUCACCAAGUGGGAUGGUUUGUGUGACAAGAAGCUUCAUCGUUUGGUGUGUUAUAUCAAUUCCACCCUCGAUCUCAAUUUAUAUGGUUGGAUUGGUGAUGCGCCCGAGAUGUUGGAGCUUGUGCUCUAUUGCGAUGCUGAUCUUGCGGGCGACCGCACUGAUUCCAAGAGCACGUCUGGUGUAUUCAUGUGUCUUCUUGGCCCGCGUAGCUUUAUGCCUCUUAAUGCGCUGUCCAAGAAGCAGACUUCUGUGUCGAAGUCUACUCCCGAAGCCGAAAUUGUCUCCCUUGAUCACGCCGUCUAUAAACUGGGAUUGCCCGCUCUCUCCAUGUGGGAGUAUAUGUUGGGCCGUCGCUUCCGUUUGCGUGUCAUGGAAGACAAUGAAGCUGCCAUCCGAGUCAUUAUCACUGGUCACAAUCCUAAUAUGCGUCAUAUGUCUCGUACCCAGCGUAUCGAUAUUUCUGCGUUGAAUGAACGCUACCACGCUGGUGACUUUCUGUUUGUGACGUGUCCCUCUCAGUUUGAGGCUGGUGAUAUCCUGACCAAGGCCUGCACUGAUGCUAAAGUGUGGGGAAAGAACAAGCAGCCACCGAAGAAGGCUGCCGCCAAGACACCGGCUGCCCGAUCACCUCAGCCGAAAUCUCCCUCGCCUUGCGGGGAAGGCCUUCCGAGCGGCCCGAUUGCGCCAACUACGGAAAGGCCUCCUGCUCCGCCGAUCCCUACGGAGCAGGAUGACGCCAACAUGGGCGCCGAUGAAGCCCCAGUCCCGAUUCAGACCCCGAGAGAUGAGUCUACUGGGGGUGGGAACAGCUCCGAGGACGUUCCGAUAGGAUUGAGGAUGAAAGCAAUGAUGCUGAAGAUCGGGGUCCAAGAGAUCCCACAGGCCUCAAUUUGGCAGCGCCUCGAACAGCUGGCAUGCAACUCUGGUUUCGACCAAAAGCUGCAUCAACUAGUUGACUCCUUCCUCCUCUCUAAUCAUCCGCUUGCGGAUAAGCAGAGGAAGCAGUACCCCCGAGAGUUUAUGGACUUCAUCGACCGAUACAGGGUGAUGUGCGCUCUUGCAUUUUCCCGAGUGGCAACGUUGUCCGGUGAUGCCGCAGGGGUCCGCGAGAAAAUGGACCUUACGAUGGCACUGGCUCGCCACUGUAUGCACUUCCAAGCGCAAACCUUUAAGGGGUCUCGAGAGACACUGAGCAACGAUACGCUCCGUCUCAUGGGAACCUGUUACAUUCCGUCGCCUCUUGCGAGUUGGAAUCGAAAUCUCAUGGGAUACAGCAGUUCGACUGCGGAACAGCGAUGGUUGAGGACCGAUACGAGUAUCAAACACAACGACCUCACCAAGCUGUCGCCCAUUGAGUUGUCAAGGGAUGUGGUCAACCCGGCUGAAGCCGCGAAGUUCUUCAAGGGAUUUCUGCAGCUCAGGCCGACACUUUCUUUCAUCCCUGGAGCGUUUCUGGCAAUCAAGGCCCUUAACCGAUUUCCCACGCUGAAUUCUCUGAAAGAGCAGGCGACUCACCUCGAGAAUGAUCGCAAGGAACACGGCUACGAUCUUCCUGCCGUGGAUGCGAACGGGAUUGGUGAAGUGGCCGCCUUUCGCAAUGAAGACGACGAUGAAAAUAACCCGCUGAUGCGCGGGUGGGUCUCGUUCAUGAAGGCGAUGGCUGAGGCCUACCCCGGGCGAUGCGUCAGCAUCGAUGAUACGCUCAAUUGGGGAGCCAGCGCCCAAAUGACCUACGAGGACGGUGCGUCACAGAUCACCAUCCGCCCGACUGACGGAUGGGUGUAUGUCCCAGCGAUGAAUUCGGACAUAUACGAUCCUCAGGAAACGUUCCUUCACGGAACGAAUCUCCGAUACGUCUGGUCGAUCCUUGCACACGGAGGUCUAUUCGGGGAGGAUUACGUGACGGACGAUCAUGGAAGUCACGAACCCUGCGUCUGGGUGACUGGACACGCCCCCGAGGCUGCUGGUAGCUAUGCAUCUGGCACGUACCUCGGCGGAGGCUACUGGUUCCAGGUGAUGAUCUGCGUCUCCCGAACUAUGGUGAACAGCCACAGUCGCACGACAAAGAAGCUGGGGGGAUCCCAGAAGCAGAUCCGCGUAGGAACUCGAUUUCUCGAGCUGUGCGGAAUCGCGUUCAGGCCCUUCCGCCUCUUGGAUGACCGCGAGCAAGGGGUUUCUACUUCCCCGAACUACGUCGUCCACGGACACCGAUUCCUCAGUGCCGAUGGGACGAAAGCCGUGGCCUGGCACCCGUGGAUGGAGGCGAGCCCGAUCGAUCCUCGCAUUCUGAAGCUGCUGGGAGACAGUGUCGCGCGCGACAAUGUUGAGUUUGCCGACCUAACGAUUCAGGGGGGCAACACUACCCAACAGGCUGCAUCUACCGAGACGGAGCAGCCUGUAGCGACCGCGGCCGAUGAUCAGGCUGCGGCGGGUGGUGGUGAGGCAACGGAGCGAAUCACCGUCAACCCGAUAGUGCUUCGACGCAAUCACUGGAUGCCCGACUCGUACGGGACGAGCGAGCAAGCCACUGUCGGUGGAAGGUAUGCAUUGCUAUCCGAGCUCCAGUCCUCUAGCUACCGAAUCGAGCUUGCUCCUUUCUUUCAGUUGCGUGCACCCAUCCUGGGUGAGGAAGGCAGCCAAGGUUUGCCAAAGCCUACAAAGCUCGAGACAAUUGCCGGAGGACCCUCCAAAGAGUGGGAGGCAUGGUGCAGGCACUACCGAAAGGCAUACGGUGCUCUGCUCGGCAACUUCGGCUACACGCCCGCCAAGAAUAUCAAGGGUAUCGUAUACGAUGAAGAAAAUACGACGGAUAUCAUUGGCGCGCCUAUUUGGAGCCCAGCCGAUGCCCUUGUGGCUGUCUCGAUUCACGGGAUCAGAACGGUCGCGACCAUGGCAUCCACGAUUGCAUUUGGAGGUGCUCCGCCAACGAUCAAGCCGGCAGUACCCAGCAAGCCGCAGAGAUUCGUUGUCAUGCACGAUGGCCUGCUAACCUUCAGAUCUGCCAAAUCCUGGCACGCUGGUGAGAUGAACACCCAUCUGAAGAAUGCGCUGGCAAGCUUUGGAUUCCCUGAGUCCGAAGUUCGGGUACAGGCGUUUGAUGAGGGCGAAAAGCUCAAGGAGAUGGUAGACACUCUCGAACUGAUGCGGAGUGACCCAUCUGUCCCGCCAUCGAACGUUCACAUCCUCAUCCUCUGGAAAGGAGACGAGUUGUGGAAGAUGGACCAAGGCUGGAAUAAGCUGACUGGUGACAUCGAUAUGGCACGAUCACAAUACGCCAAAGUGACCGCCCGGGACGCCCUUGAGAAGUAUAACACGAUCUACGGAUCGGUGUCCCUUUGCGGACCAGUGUCACCGAGCAUGGGUUUCCUUCCGACUCUUCCUGGCCCUCUCUUCGAGAAAUACAGAGAGGAGAUGAGGUCGAUCUGGGACGAAAUCAGGAGGUCCAACUUCCUCUCCCUGUCGUUUGACGCUAUCCUGGAAGGACUACCAUACCUGAAAGGAUAUCACAUCAUGCAUGAGUCCAAAACGAUCGGGGUCCUGUGUACCCGUAUCUGCUCGAUGUUUACACUUGCGGCUCUCGCACGAUUUCCGUCUUACGCUACACGACGGGAGUAUCAGAUUGCCAACGAUAAGAUGUGGGCGCGCACUCCAGUUCCGGAAGAAAGGUCGACGGGCACGGAGAAGGCCAUUGUGCACUCCACAGUGCAGGACCUUAUCGAAGGGGCAGAUCGCGGCGCCGAUCAUCGAGCCGCAAAGACCGUUGACAUGAGUCAGCUUGGCUUCGAUGACGAAGAUGAAGAAGAAAUGGCUGACGAUGCAGGUCCGACUGCUCCUGAGAAUCCGAUCAAACAGGAACAGACGACUUUGGCUGAUCUGCCGGGUAUUCGUCAUCCGGAUCCGAUUGAGCUGCCCGCUACUCCUGUGCCUGGCCAGGCAAUGCCGGUGUCGCCCGGCCUUGCUCCGGCUGCUACGAACGAUGAAGAGUCUAGCGAUAGCUCCGAUGGCGACGGACAGCAAGGGGAUGGCGAUGCAGCGAUGCCUGAGGUCAAGAAGGAGGAAUCCGAUGAGGAGUUCAAUGAGCUUCUCGAAGGAAUGACUGAAGCAUUCGAGAACUUGCCUACUCCCCGGGAUGCAGAGCGAACAGUCGCCGCCAAUCGGGACGCUGCACGACCACCUGCCGUGCCGACGAUCCCGCUAUCUGCGAUGAAGAAGCCAAAGCCGUUCAGUGGUGUGGAAGCCGCGGGACCUACUGCCGAGGGUCGCCAAGGCUAUGCGCACUUCGAGAGCCAAGUCAGUGAAACUGAGGCUCGACGUGAACAGGCUGCUAAAAUGAAGGCGCAUAUCGCGGAAGUGGCGAAGGGCGCCACGGGAGUUGAGAAUGCCGAACACCUUCGAUCCAUUGCCGAUGGGCUAGCCAGGGUCAUGGACCCGAACAUCAACGAUGACAAUGUGUUCCAGGGUGCCAUGUAUCCUCCGGGUGACUAUGCGCUUGACGCUGUCACGAACCGGCUGGCCCAGGGCCGACGCCGAGUUGAGUCGAACAGCAAUCUCAUCAGGGAGAUGGCCAGCGACCGAUUUACGCCUGUGCUCAUCAACCGAGAUACUGGUGAGACUGUGUCCGCCAUUGAUGCACGGUGGACCCCGGAGUAUGGAAACAGGGGGGAGCUCGAAGCCAAGGUUGGUGCGAUUAUCUCCAACCUGGAUGCAGUUGUUGCAAGCAUGUCGACCCUCCCUGUGUUCCAUCCGCACAUUCCCUCAACAUAUGGUAUGGCCCGAUCGCUUCUCAACACAUACCAGUCAUUGCAGAUUGCCAUCCGACACCGCGGCAUGGGUGCGAUGUCCUUUGAACAGAUGGUGUUCAAGCCGGAGGACCUUGAGGUUCCGACUCCCGAUGACUGGCCGGACCUCAUUGCGCCUACCCCUGGAAAAGUCAUUCAAUCCAUGCGGGUGGCCCUGGUGAAUAACACGGCGGCAAGGUUGACAAGAGAGGACCUCAAGCUGCCACCGGGCUUCGCCAUGCAACGACGAGUGACUGAGUUCCGUAAGCCGGAGGAAGAUCCAGUGCAGAGCCUGAUGGGGCUCACCGAUGACUUGAGCUACGGCACUACCGGUCGAUCUGGGGAUGACAGAUUGUCCCAGUUCCAGCGUAGUAUGGCAGUACAGCUGCGGAACACUGCUGGAUUCCUUGCGAGUGAGUUCCAGAAGCAUGCCCGAUCUAUUGCCGCUUCUUCCUCGCGUCGCAGUGAUGCUUCAGGUGCCCUGAGUAGUCAGGGUGAAGGCGCGGCGGACAACGAUCUUCCGUCCACUGAACAGGUUAGUGUUGCAUCUGAGCGCGCGACUGCGCCGCCUCCGCCAAACGUGGCUCCUCCUCCUCCUCCUCCUCCUCCUCCGCCUACUGCGGCAGCACCUCCGAGGGCGUCCAAAGAGAGUGCAAAGGAGGAUGACGAUGAUACCAAAAUGGAUGAUGACACGGCCGAUCAGAAACCCGAGCAGAAACCCGAGGAGGACGCAGAUAUGGGUAGCGGGAAGGAGCUGCAAGACGAGGUCCCCGGCAAGGCCCCGCCGCCAGCUGCCCGAACCGCUGAGAACCCUCCGGAACACGGCCUGCGUUCCAGUACUCCGAAUGACAUGGUUGCUCAGGGAGCCGCGCUCUCCGGUGCUCGAGGGCCGGAUAUCGACAUUGACCCGGCCAGCACCACAGCCGAUCAGGCGGCAAAUGAUCCGAGAAACUUCCGGAUCGAGGGCCCUGGUAUCAAGGCGACAACGAUUCAUCGCCCUGACCAGAUGCCCGAGAGGGGUGUCGACUCUAUUGCACCGAUUGUGCAGUAUGAAAUGACGUCCGUCCCGAUUGCACUGACUGACUUCGUCGUCCCGGGACUCGACAUGGGCAUCGAUGAUUCCGUCCAUGGUCGGCUGGUCUCCGCGACCUGUCUCCCACCGACUGACGAACAGCGCAAGUAUUCGAGGCGCCGAUUCGCUAUGCUGUCCUCGAAUCAGACGGUGUACUUGAACGUCGCACUUCACAAGAAACCGGUAAAAGGAGAUCACGAUUCUUUCCUCCGACCGGAGUCUUACGAGGAUUGCCGCGAGAUCAAUGACGCUGUCCGAGCAUACAAUGCUAAGGAGGCAAAGUUCCGAUCCGUCGGCAGAACAUCCGUGUCAUGCAGCCGAUUGUUGAUCGACGACGCACAAAACAUCCCUGCUGCCAGGAUUCCGGACGCAGGAAUGAUCAACUUGGUGCGGAAACUGCUGUUCCGAGUGCUGACGCAAACGAAGGAGUAUCCUUCCGCUACUGCUGAGAGAACGCAGAAUCGCCCCCAGGAUCAAGAAAGGGGCAUUCCCUUGUAUUCACGCUUCGACCAGAGUGGCAUUAUCGCUUUCGAUGUCAUUCCGAUGUACAUGGAGCGUGAGAGGGAAUACAUGAAGGCCAACGCCGGAGAGAACGAUGGCCGAAUUCUUCUCCAGACAAAUAUUCUGGAUGAGCAAGGCGAACCGACCGAGAUCACUACCCGAUGCAUUAUGGAGAUCGCUCGGACGGACAACAACCGAAUGUUUGAGUUCUUCUACUCGACGAUCGACAACGAUGGAAGUCCUCAAUUUGUUGGCAUUCGAGCCACCUACGGUUUCGGCCCUGAUAACUUCAACCGAUUCCGACUGCUGACCAAGUGCCAGCACGGGCCAUUUAUCCAGCUCGCUCAGGAUCAAUACGUCGCUGGCGAGAGGAAAAGAAAUGUGGCCCGAUACCACCCUCAGUAUGGAUGGGGAUGCGCAACGAUUCGCGAAUUCUUCGGGUACAUGAGCGAUUGCAAGAUCAAUCCUCCGAAAGGACGGCUGUUCCUCACUCUGCUCCCGUAUGCUCCCGGAUCUGGGAACAACAAUGAGUGGGAAGAGGUGUACAUGAACGUCCGAAUGAACCCGGGGCGUGAGACGCUUUCGAACACCGCGUCAUCACAAUCCAUGCUCCCUGAAGGGAUGGGAUCCAACCGCAUGAUCGUGUUUGCGAUUGAUUUGCACAUGAUUGCGGCGGGAAUCAAUCCGAUUGUAUUCCACCCGAGGGGAUAUUAUGCGAUCAAAGACAGUAUCCCUCUCGCCUGUAUGCCCAUUGCAUACUUCAUGGACACGGGAUCCCUAGUGUUCAACACGGCCUUCAAAUAUGUUGGAGGCCCAAAGUUCGGCACUGGCCCCAAGAGAGGAGACCACAAACGAGAAACGUGGCCGCUUGCUAGUUUCGACUGCCCCAUGUGCGGAGCAUCAUUCCCGGUGGGUCUCCACAUGUGUCACUCUUGCACCAAGCCGAUUCACUAUCCUGAUGGGAUGUUCUACGCCGAUCCUGUGAACCCAUUUCAGGUCGAGUACUAUGGAAGUCAUGCCGAAUGGCUCAACGAGCUCAUUGAGCGAAACGAGCUUAAAGAAUUCCGACUUCACGAGUACCCUGCAAUCAAGCAGCUGAGGAAUUUCCCGGUGUCUAGGUCACUCGCUGAGGACCACAGGCAAACCGCGUUCUUCGGAGUGCCACCGAUCAAAUGCACUGCAGCUGAUACAUCGCCGAAAGAAGUGGAAUUGUUCAAGAAGAGCGUGCGCGGAACGAUUCAAGGCGCCAUUCGAUUGGACAUCUCCAUUGAGAGGCUUGUUGCCGGUAUCACUGGUAAGGAAGCUCGGUGCGGUGUGGAAGAGUUCCUCAACUCGCAAUCGAUCGCCUGUGCAAUCACGAUAGUCAAGCACUUCGGCGCGGUCUUCGCCACAUGCCGCGAGAAGCCGCUGUGCUACUAUGCACGAUGGUCGAUCCACUGUCAACGCGCAUACCGAGUCUGCCUGUCGCGCGGCUAUCUCUCCCCCUUUUACACAGGGGGGACGAUCGAUUAUACCGUCGACUCAGACAUGGUCGAGAAAAUUCGGCUUGCGCAUCUGCCAUUGCAGAACGCCAAUCUGGCGAUGAGAAGGCAAAUUCGACUUUCCACCGAGUUUGGAACGUUGGAUGAGUUCCGUGCCACUAUCACAGACACGCAAAAGUAUCAGCGAUACAUGCGUGUCGAUAGUGAAAGCCUUUCCGCGCUCCUUGCCAAGGUUACCCUCACGACGUGCUACGGCAUUCCGAUGAAAGGUGAACCUGGCUACAUCUCUGACGAUGAAGCAGAGGAGAUCGAAGGAACUGCGGCGGCAACUGAGAAGCCCAAAGGGAAAGGCAAAGGGGAAGAAGAAGAACCCGAUGUCCAAGCCAUCAAUUGGCGUGAUUUGGACCCUUUGGGGCGGAAGUUCAUCCCGCACCAUACCGAUUCCCGAUUCACGAUUUUCGCUGAUGGGAAUACGGCACUCCUUGAUGCCCCCGAAACGCCUGAUGAGAAGCGUAAGGAAUUCAAGGAGUUCAUUCGCGAUCACUCUGUCAAGAUUAAGGAAUGUUUCGACGAUGAUCGCGCGACUGAGAAGACGUUCUUCAAUCUUGUUGAAGGCGUAAAGGAUCAGCUCCCCGAUACUAAGAGAACUGACCCUGUUCUUAUGAAAAAGAACGAAGAUGUCUUCGAGGCUCUACCCGAUGAACUAGAAGAGCCUCAAGAUCUGUUCGACGUCGCAGCUCAGCGGGCACGACGACGUGCUGAUACGCCUCAGCGCAGAGUGCAGGCCACUGAGCAACGGCACGCGUCGAUCCCCGAAGCUCAUGCCGUCCCCGUUCCUCCGGAUGACGAGGACGAGGAUGAUACUGAGCUCGAACGGGCGAUCCGACCCGACCCGAAGUCACAACGCACUGGGCGAGAGCAUCUCGGAGGUGUCGCUCCUGAGACGAAUCCGCCCCCGCCUCGCGAGAUGCCGCCUCCGUCUAACCCACCGAGUCGGAAGACGUCGAGGCAAUCGGGCUACAAUGUCCCCCACGCUGAUGGGGAGACACUGAUGGUCUCAGGAAGGGCACCCUACUCCGAUCAAAUGGGUCUACCCUUGGUACUGCGAAUGAAGACCCGGGUUCCGGAGCCUGAUUUGGACAACCCGACGAUUGAAGAUAUUAUUCGCAUGUAUCACGCACCGAACACGCUGCCUGUUGUCAGGAAGAAAGUCGCCAAUGUCAUCAUUUCGAUGAAUGCAAAUCCCGAUGACCCUAUCAAUAUGAAGGCGGCUGGCGUGAUUCCUCCCUCUGCCGAGGAAACAGGUGAUGCGAUUGCCAGAGGGUCUGGCCCCGGGGGCCAGGGGCCACCGCUCGCACUGACGAUUCUGUCGUUUUACCUGGGAGAUGUCUUUUCUUUCAUCAUUUCUUGGCUGCUUUCCUGUGGCUUCCUUCACCGCACGGCCCAGCCAAUUCCGGAAUUGAAAGAAGAGCCUCCAGAGCCGGUUCCGGAUCCGAAAGCAAAGGCUAAACCCAAGGCAGGGAGCUUCUAUGCUACGAUGGCUGACUUCGGGCUUGUGCAUCUGUUUUGGCAGGCAGACACCAAAGCCAAGGCUAAAGCCAAGAACCAGCCAGAGGAGCCGCCUGAGAAGCCAACCACCAUGCAGCCAUCCUUGCCAGUGUUGCCCGAGACCUACCUGUCUACACGUGCAUACAACCUCCCUGGCAGGCAAUAUGCAGACUGUACAUAUGAUGGCGAGGCGACGUCCUUGCAGAUCCUCGCAGCGUCGCUUCUUCCGUGCAGCCAGGAUAUCAACAUCAUUUGGCCACAGCUUUUGGCAAAAGCUCUGAUACAAGCUUUUCAGGACGAUCUCAACAUGCCGGUACUGCCAUGCAUUACCGCGCUCACGGGUUGGGUUCCCUACCAGCUGCCACUCUCCUGGUCUGCUCUGCAGGGGCUGAAAGCUGUGCGGACUUUCUGCACGUUGCAAACGAGCUCACAGGUUGAUUUCGAAGCUCGCCAGCGUGCUGAGUUGAUGCCAUCCAUUCCCCAGGCAGAGGUCAGCCAAUGUCAGUCAGUGCAGUGGAUGGACAGUGCCCGGAAUAUGCCCGACUUCUGGUCAGCUGUCGCACGCGAAGUCGUACUCGGACAGGAGCAGAACCUGAAGUUGGGAAAUCAGCCACAGGAGGCUCAAUCGGUGGAUGGCUUCGGUACUCAUGGCAAUGAUGGCAAGUUGUCUGAUUUGCAGAUGGCAUCUUGCUUCAGGCGUAUCACCUCCUUUGAGGACGGACAACCCGUCCAAGUGGAUGAGGAGGUUGAUGAUUCUGACCGGGACGACCUUGAUGAGGAUGAUGACGGCCAAAACACUCACUCCGGCGAGGGCGAGGGUGCAGAGAAGCGAACGGACCAGGGAGGAUCUCAAAGCGGCGAAGGGCCAGAGAUGGAGCAGGAAGAAGAGCCGGAAAUGUCGGACAUGCCCUGGGUGGCACCCUGGCCGAAUCAAAAUCCACAUCCGCUGUUGAUGAAAAGCUCGAUCCAGGAGUUCCAGGCACAGCUCCAAGGAGGAAAUUGGGUUAGCUUCGAAGAGUUGGAGACGACAAGCGCAACGUUCUGCAGUUACAUACCACCCGGCGAACAUGUUCUCACAGCCACCCUGGACACGUGCUGGGACGGGGACCGUGCGCAGGCAAGGCCUUCAGGCGCUCGCGGACACAGCGUCUCCUUGUCUAGCGACGAGGCUUAUAUGCCACCCAAGACUUGGCUUCUGCGGAUUUGUUUGGUGCUGCAAGAGCUGGAGCAAGGAGCUUCCAGGAUCGGACCGGAGUGCAAAGCCGCGGGGAAGCUUCUCGGGCACCACGACGGCAGGAACCGCCUGGAAGCCGGGGAUUCAAAGCCCAAGCCUGGACCUCCCUGGCUUCAGACAAUCUUCAGCUACGAGCCAUUGGGUCAGAACGGCCGACUGUCAGAGACACCGCCGCCCUUGUCUCCGUGCAGCUGUGUCUUACAGGCUGUGAACAGUUGGAGGCCCAUCACUGGCCAACAGGUGUUGGAGCCACCGGACUGCAUCAAUCUGACAGUUGGUGACGGCGCCCAACCGAGCAGUGUAAGCUUCUCUUCGCUUAUGCCACCAGGUGAGCAUUGGUACCUGGUGAGCGACGAUGCUGCUGAGCUGGCGGGGUCGGUGCUUUCUGUCAGUGUGGAAGGCUUGUUGUUAAAUGGAGGAAAGUCAUCUGUAGACUUCGUGGAGCCAGCAAAGGCACUGUCCAAAUAUCAGAUGGCACUCCUACCAGUGGGCCCGCUGCAAUACCCGAUUCACACCGGCUACUGUGUUUGGGCGAAGUCGGAGAUUCUGGUGUCAGAGGCCUACGCCGACAGCUUACAGACACUGCAGCUUCUCUGCCAUCUGACCGAUGUGACCUUGUGGCCUUACAUCCAACUGUCUUGCUUGCGCGUGUCAGAACUGGAAUCGAAAGAUGACGAGCCUGCAGAAAAUCGCUGUGCAAACUGGUCGGUAUCAACAGUGCUGAAGUCGCCUCUCCUUCGUGUUAUGUCUUUGCCGCUUGCCGACGAGGAAGCAAACGGACCAGCGAAGUACGUGCUUAUGUUGGAGGCCAACUUGCCCCCAGAGGUGUUUCCAAAGACUGGGGGCGAGAUAUCCAUUCAGAUCUUUGGUCCUCCUGGAACGGCCCCAGAGCCCGAGGAUCCAUUGGAAGGAGGGGAGAAAGAGGGAGAAGCUGGCCUCGACGACGAGGUGCCGCUGCAGCUCCACAUGCUUACCGUGGACAGGGUGAUGCGCUGGCAAGGAGAUUGCUCGGAAAACGACAAGGGCUUGGUCUUGUGCGAGCGCAUCACGGUUCCGCCAGAUGGAGACGUGACAAGCACGCUUCGCAUCUCUGUGGAACGGCUCCCCCAGGCCUUCUUGCGAGCUACGCUCGUUGCUCAAAUGCCUCCAACGGAUGACAUGCGCCCGCCCAACCCAGACGGGACUCCACUGGAGCCACUGGUGCCGGGAGCACCGAUCAAUCCAAGAGAUUACAGCGGUCGAAGGAACUGGCUGUCGCGAUGCAAGAAGGUGGCCGAAACGAGCGGGCUUGAGAUCGUGUCUUUCUCUCACGUCCUGCUGAGACAAGCCUCGACCUACCUGCUGUAUGUGCACCUGGACCAGUUCCGGGGUCCUGCCAGCCUCGAUGGUGGAGCUUGGGUUCUGGAAAGCUUUGGCUCUGGCUCUUUAGAGGUAGGAUCCGAUGCCAUGGAGCAGGAUCUGGAGGAGUUGGUUCGCAAGUCUUGGGAAUCCUCGCUUCAGGAGGGAGAAGCCAAACCACGCUCCGAGAUCGCGGCUGAAACGCGAGAGGUUUGGAUGUCCAGGUCUGGAGCAGCGGUCGAGGCCGAGGAUACCGUCGGCAAGGCCGAAGAGGACCAGGCGAUUGCUUCUGUUCUGGAGCGUACUCGGGAGGUCGCGCAUCCCAACGAUAGCAUCGCCAAAUUCUUGAGUGGCCACGCAGACACCCCAGCCGUUCUCAUACAAGAGGAUCCGUACACCGUCGCCCCAGACAGGCCAGAAUGGAAGCCGGCAGAAGACACGGAUGGAGUCGUCAGUGAAGAGGUCAGUGCAGAGGACACGGAGGCAGUGGCCGUCAAAGCUUUGGGCACAGACGGUGAGCGACAAGCUCGAGAACUGGAGAUUGAGCUGUCGAAUGCCAGGUGGCAAGCUGCCAAGCAGAGACUCGAUGCAGCGAAAGAAAGAAAUGCAAGCCAGAUACAGGAGCUGCGGCAGUGGCGGGAUGAGCGAACGGCAGUGCCCGGAGGGGUUCAAGGAUCCAACUUUGCGGGCGCACGAAGCGAGCUACGUGGCGCUCUGCACUCGCGCAUGGAGAAGUGUGCCGUGCUGAAGAUCCUGUGCUUUGAUGAGAAGCGUAUGGACCCAGAGCCUCUGAGAGCCGCCCUUUCAGAAGCUGACGUGGCUGGUGCAAGGAACUACGACCCGGAUCUCAUGGACAACUCGAUGCGAAAGCUUCGAGUCCUCGAUGGAGCCGUGGCCUUCCAGGAGACGAUGGUGACAGCAGAAACGAAAAUCGAGGCUGCUGCAGCAGCGUCUUCUGCUGUCCAAGCGAUGGAUGAAGGCAGCGAAGGUUUUGCUGAAGCCAAAGAUGCUGCAUCGACUGCAGCUGAGGAAGCUGCGGCCACUGCAAAUGCACUCAGCGAUUCCCUCUCAGAGUUCAAGGCGAGCAUCAGGGAUGCACAGGCCUUCGACAUACCUGUGCCUGCCGAUCUGUUGGGCGAGGAACGAAUGGAAAAAGCAACAGCAUUGCUCGAGCAACACGCUGCCGCCGCAGCUGCGGUCAGCGCUGACCCCGAGACUGCCUGA